UUUUAUUUUGAAAGCGCACUGUCGUCACAGCGGACGUAUCUCUAUACGUCCCGAUGUCGUAGGAGCCGCUCAGCCGUAUGUUGAGAGCAGCAAUGUCGGAGGAGGUUGGGAAGGCGCUGCGGUCGGUGGUGGAGCGUGUGAACCAGGCGGCGUCGCGGCGGCCUCAGACGCUACCCGCCGUGCCUCCUCGCCUCGUGGCCGUGAGCAAGACAAAACCCCCGGAGAUGGUGGUGGAGGCCUACAGACAAGGGCAGCGCAACUUUGGGGAGAAUUAUGUUAAUGAACUCGUGGACAAAGCUUCAGAUCCUCUGAUUUUAGAAUCGUGUCCGGAAAUUAAAUGGCAUUUCAUCGGCCACCUACAGAAGAACAACGUCAACAAACUCCUGGGUGUUCCUAACCUGUUCCUGUUGGAAACCGUGGACUCGGCCAAACUUGCCGACAAAGUGAACAGUUCAUGGCAGCGAAUCAGAGGAUCCAGCACCCAGAGGUUAAAGGUCAUGGUCCAGAUCAACACCAGCGGAGAACAGAAUAAACACGGCCUCCCGCCCGAGGAGACGGUGAACACGGUGAAGCACAUCGUGUCUCGAUGCUCCGCCCUGCACUUCUUAGGCCUCAUGACCAUCGGACGCUACGGCUACGACCUCACGCUGGGACCCAACCCGGACUUUCAGAUGCUGCUGAGCCGGAGGCAGGAGGUGUGCGACAGCCUGAAGAUGCCGGUGGAGGAGGUGGAGCUCAGCAUGGGCAUGUCCACCGACUUUGAACACGCGAUCGAGGUGGGCUCCACCAACGUGCGCGUGGGCAGCAUCAUAUUCGGGAACAGGGAGUAUCCCAACAGCGCCACCAACACCCCGGUACCGAGUCCGGCUCCGAGUCCGGCUCCGAGCCCGGAGAAAACCUCCAAGACGGUGUCGGAGGAAGCCGCCAAGAAGAUGCAGCACCUCACGGUGUAACGCAAAGAGGAGGAGCCGCUCCCGACUUCUUCUUCUUCAUCUUCUUCUUCUUCUUCAUCUCUAAACCUUUUAAGAAAAUAAAAAUGAAUAAAAAAAACUCUUCAGAAUGAACGGAGAGGCGAAGCCGGCGUAGGAUUGCAGGAGUCCUACAUAAUUUAAAAAGUGUAUUUGCCUAAAUCUCUUCAGUUGUGUGUGUGUGUGUGUGUGUGCGCCCUUUAUGAAGUGGCAUCCGGAGCUAUAGACGAACCUUUUUUAAGUCUUAACAGGUCUUACUAACCUUCUAGUGCUCUGACUUCCUCCUCACGCUGGAAAUUUAUUAGCAGAGAUUAUCACAGGAGAGAGAAACGGAAAAGAGAGACGUAGAGUUAUUGGUCCGAUAACAGGAAGUUGUGCGGAUCAGUUUUGUUGUGAUGUUUUCUACCUUUCCAACACAACGACGGUGAGUGAGGAUUUCCACACGGUGCGAUUGUUCGUUGUACAGUUGAAGCAAAGACUUGAUUUAAUAAAUCGUUUAAUCCCUUUAUAAUGACACAUAGUGUUUGAUAUUGUUUUUUGUGAAAAAAUGUGUCAGAUCUUUAUUCUUGAUAUUAACGAAGCCCAUGAGUGAACCUGAGGGGGGGGGUUUACGGAGGGGAGGGGUUGUGUUGUUGUUGGAGAUGAGAGUAAAGCUAUGCAAAGUGGUGAUUUUUUUUAAUUUAAUUUAAUUUUUAUUUUAACACAUCAGCUGUUGUCGUGGGUCGUUUCCUGUCUCAACGUGAUUUAAAAAAUAACUAAAUAAACCUCCAGGUUUGUUGA